AGAGAAAUUUAGAAAUUUAAAAUGUAUGCAUUACACUUUUGUAUAAUUCCCUAUGUUCUAUCAUUUUGGUUACUGGCUGGGCAGGGUAGUGAAGGUGCUCCGGCUGCUACCCAGUGGGUUGAUAGAUCUGAUCCUGAUCCAUGUUCCAGGGGCCUAGCAUGUGUUCCUUUUACCAGAUGUAAAUGGAUGUGUGAUGCAGCCAGAGAUGGACUUCUUACAACAAAUAAAACAUACCAGGAAGUUGUACAAGAGAGGACCUGUGGCUUUAAUUUUGAAGACCAUUCUUCAGUUUGUUUAGUGAAUGUCUGCUGUGAGGAUGAUAGUGUAUCAGAAUCUAAAUACUGUGACAUGGACGAACCAUCUAAACAGGUUAAAUCUGAGUGUGGUAUGGAAGGAGGACAACUGAGUUUCUUUGAUGAGCGGGUAGUGGGAGGAGACGAUACUGUUCCUGGAAAAUACCCCUGGACGGUUCUUCUCAGGGAUGACGGGGAACAUUAUCUGUGUGGUGGAGCAAUCAUUUCUCGGAAACAUAUUGUUACCGCUGCUCAUUGUGCUAAGUCUGAGAUUACAAAUGCUGUGAUUGGAGAAACUAAUCGAAAAACCGAAUAUGAUUGUUUGUAUCCAGGAGACCCCUGUUCUGGUGACGAGGAAUGCUUCAAGUCUAUGAACUGUGCUCCAAAAGCUAUCUUCAGAGAAAUUAAAGAGAGAAUAAUACACCCCGAGUACAAUCCAAGCUUGGCUACUUCUGAAUUUGAUAUUGCUGUAAUCAUCAUCGAUCCAAUUAAAUAUGAUCAGUGGGCUAAACCUGUGUGUCUGCCAGACAUUGUAAAUUAUAACCCUGUUCAGACUUUAAAAGAACAACUGAUUAUGGCAGGUUGGGGAAAUAAACAGGACUCUCAGAAAAGCCGGCAACAAGAAUCUGCUACUAUUCUGCAAAGUCUAGCUUUACAAGAUUUAGGAGCUGAUGCUUGUCAGAAAGCCCUCAAUUACAACAUUACAGCUAAUCAGCUGUGUGGUGGUGUCCCCGGAGGUAAAAGUGUGGGAGCAUGCCAAGGAGACUCUGGGUCUCCUCUCAUCAGAAAAACAAAGACCAACCAAUUUGAGCUGAUCGGGCUUGUCAGCUUCGGUUUAGAUCAUGGAUGUGGAAACCCUGAAGUAGUGUACACAAGAGUAACAGCUGAUCUCGUCAAGUGGAUAAAUAUGGCUGCCUUCAGUUAACCAUCUUUAACGGCACUUUAGACGUAAUUUUGAAAUUACUAUUCAUUUUUAGAGGGCCAUGUCCGAUUCACAGGGCUUCCUUUUCAAAUCUUAAACGUGUU